CGUGCGCGAGAGAGAACGAGAGAGACACAGCAAAAGGGAGAGGGAGUGAAAAAGGAAGGCUGAUAGUGAAGACCAAGGAAAUAGAGCUGCUAGUACUGUUAUUAUGGGAGGUCCCAUUCAGAAUAAAGGAUGUGCAGUCAUAUGCACAUAGCCUGCACAGGACUUAACAGGGUUUUACAGUACAAAAUCUUUAUAGUCUCACAGUGAUUUUUCAUCCACUUUUUCAAAAAAAUAUGCCUGUUUCUCUCUCUCUCUCUCUUGUUUUUGCAACAGCUAGAGCCUGGGUCUUUCCUAUUUCUUUCCUUUCUCCUCUGUCACUUUCUCUGUGCAUGAAGGCUUCUGCGAAAAGAAGAGGAGAACACUACACAUGAGUCUCUGGGGAUGAGGCCGUUGCCGCCAGUGCCGCACCCCCUGUCACCAUGACGAUGCCGCUCAGCCCCCUCUCCAGUGACGAGGAACAGCAAAGGAUGUUGGGAAAUAGUCAGCACUUCUAUCCAGGGGCAGAAGAGGAGGGAGCGGAAGAGGAGGAGGAGGAAGAGAGACGGGUAGAGAAUCAAGUGGAGGGAGAAGAUGAGAAUGGAGAGUUAGAGGAAGGGGAAGAUGAUGAAGAAGAUGAGGUAGUUGGAGGUGGUCAUUUGAGAGGAGGCAGGGAGGAGGGGCCUAGGCUAUCUGGCAACAUGCUUGGACGACAGACAGGAGACAGACAGUUACGGUCUGGCAACUUAGGACAUGGGAGAAACCCCCAUUCUUCAAGCACAGGACCCAUCCAUCAUCAGCUGGUGAAUCAACAGCUGCAACACCACUCCUCAACCAAUCAACAGAAGCAGCGAAGACUGUUAGAGCGCAGCCAGAGUACAGCACCCUCUACAGAUGAAACACAAAUCUCACUGAUGGUAUUUCGCAUUGGCAUCCCUGACAUCAAACAGACGAAAUGUCUACGGUUCAGCCCUGAGGAGACGGUGUGGAGUGCUAAGCAGCAGGUGCUGUGCUCCCUGACAGACUCCCUGCGGGAUGUGCUCAACUAUGGCCUUUUUCAGCCUGCCACGGAUGGCCAUGAUGCCAAGUUCUUAGAAGAGGAGCGAUUGCUUCGGGACUACCCACAAUCCUUUGAGAAAGGGGUGCCCUAUCUGGAGUUUCGCUACAAGACCAGAGUCUACAAACAGACAAAUCUGGAUGAAAAACAAUUAGCCAAACUGCACACCAAGGCCAGUUUGAAGAAAUUUAUGGAGUACGUACAAACUGGAUCAGUGGAUAAGGUAGCCAAGGUCUUGGAAAGGGGUCUCGAUCCAAACUACCAUGAUUCCGACAGUGGGGAGACACCCCUUUGCUUGGCAGCUCAGUCUGAACAGGGUGGAGGGGAAGGAAUCAGGAUCCUGGUUUCGGGGGGUGCGCACAUUGACUUCCGAGCUAAGGAUGGACUCACCCCUGUACACAAGGCUGUCAGAGCACAGAAUCAUGCAGCAUUGCUGGUCCUCCUAUCUCUUGGGGCCUCUCCUGACUACAAAGACCGCUGGGGCCUGACGCCACUCUACCACACUGUGCUGAUAGGGGGGGACACCUCCUGCUGUGAAACCCUGCUGUACCACAGGGCCAAGCUGGGGGUUAGGGAUGAGAAUGGCUGGGAUGAGACGCACCAGAUCAGGGAUGAAGAGGAGUACGGAAUGCAGGAGAUACAUAAGGCCUGCCAGAAUGGUCAUGCCCAGCACUUGGAACACCUUCUAUUUUAUGGGGCAGACUACAGUUCCCAGAAUGCCUCAGGAAACACUGCCCUACACAUUUGUGCUCUGUACAAUAAGGAAAGUUGUGUCCGCAUCCUGCUCUAUAGAGGCGCCAAUAAGGAGGCAAAGAACAAGAAUGGGCAAACCCCCUUCCAGGUAGCAGUAAUGUCAGGCAAUUUUGAUCUUGGAGAGAUUAUUAAAAAUCACCGUGACUCAGAUGUAGUGCCCUUCAUCGAAUCACCCAAAUAUGCUCCUCAGAGGCGUGAGAGUGCUCGUGUCCUUGCCCUUCCCCAUGCACACCCACACCCUCUUCUCCGUGCCAACAGCGAUAACACUAUGAACAUGCCAGACUGGAUGGCUGUGCCUAACACUUCUGGACCCAACAUUGUGUCUGUACAGGGGCACAAGCCCUCAGGCUCCAUUCGCAGCUCCAGCAGUCCCCGUGGUCCCCGCACUCGCUCCCCAUCCCGGGGCCGAGGGGCAGAGAGGGAAGACAAGAGCCGGCAGGCCCGCGGGAGGCAGGGGGUAGCAUCAACUGGCAGUGGUGGGCCAUCUGGGGGCCAGAGGAGGCGUCUCUAUAGUGCUGUACCGGGACGAGUCUUUGUGGCAACACGCUCUCACUCUGCUCAGGGAGAGAGGGAGAUCAGCUUGAACAAGGGAGACAGAGUGAAAGUACUGAGUGUAGGAGAAGGAGGAUUCUGGGAAGGCACCGUGAGGGGUCGGACUGGCUGGUUCCCCUCGGACUGCGUAGAGGAGGUGGCAGCGCGUAAUCAGGAAACCCGCUCAGAAAGUCGCAGUGAAAAGGCCAGGAGGCUGUUCCGUCACUAUACUGUUGGAUCAUAUGACAGCUUUGAUGCCCCAAGUGACUACAUUAUUAAGGAGAAGACAGUGCUCCUGCAGAAGAAAGACAGUGAGGGUUUUGGCUUUGUGCUGAGGGGAGCUAAAGCUCAGACUCCUAUAGAGGAGUUUACUCCCACCCCAGCUUUCCCUGCUCUGCAGUAUCUAGAAUCAGUGGACGAAGGUGGCGUGGCCUGGAGAGCUGGUCUGCGAAUGGGAGACUUCCUUAUUGAGGUGAAUGGCCAGAAUGUGGUGAAGGUGGGGCACAGACAGGUAGUCAACAUGAUCAGGCAAGGUGGCAACAGCCUCAUGGUGAAGGUUGUCAUGGUAACCCGUAACCCAGAGAUGGAGGAGGCAUCCAGGAAGAAAAUACCCCAGCAGAGUAAGAGGCUGACUCCCCCUGCCAUCUCAAUGCGAUCCAAAUCUAUGACCUCAGAGCUGGAGGAAAUGGUGGAGAAAGCUGCGUCCCCAUGGAAGAAGAAAGCAGAGUACGAGUCUUCGCAAGUUUCAGAGAAGAAGAGGACAGUUUAUCAGAUGGCACUGAAUAAACUUGAUGAGAUUUUGGCAGCUGCUCAGCAGACAAUCAGCACCACUGAAGGGCAAGGGUCACGGCCACAUGGAGGAAAGAGGGAUCGGACCAGGGGUUUGUUCUCCAGCGAGACCACUUAUGACCAAUCAGGAAUGGGCAUGAUGUCAUCUGGGACAGGGUUUGGUUAUGAUCGUCCUCAGUUUGUAUCAGGCCAUGUCUCCCAGCACGGUAUGAUGCUACGACAGAAAUCAAUCGGUGUGACAGAGGAAGAGAAGCAGUACCUCCAUCCACCGGCUAUGAAGUUUUCACGAAGCCUGUCAGUCCCUGGCCCAGAUGACAUCCCUCCUCCCCCAACAACGGCCCCACCGGAACCUCCCUUAUCUGCUGGCCCACACUCAGGCUGGAGAGGAAAGCAGUCUCAACAACCUCCAGGGUCUGCACCUCAGAUCUCCCCUCAGUCUGCCCAAUACCAGCUGUACCCACAAGCGGUGCACUUCUCACACACAGGCAGAGACAGAGGGGGGGCAGGUGGGGGUAUGGACCACCCACAUCCUUUUCAUUCCCAACAAAGCAGGGCUGCAUCUCGGAAAGGAGCUGGCUACAUGGGGGACCCCUCAGGAGCUGGAGGUGGAGGAGGGAGGGCGGUUGGCUUGAGGAGGGGUUACAGUAAUGCUGUUCCCCCCUCUGCUGCAGCUGCUCUGUCCCAACAGCAAAUGUCUGCCUCUCAGCAACAGAUUUCCCGAGUGGACAGGAGCAACAUUGGGGCUGUAGGGGGUGGGGGAGUGCCCAAAGGGGGAGGCAGAAGAGGAAAAGGUCCCCUGGUAAAGCAGUCGAAAGUUGAGGAUGGAACCCGGCAGAGUCAUGCUCUGGGAAAGGCCUUACCAGAGAAGAGCUCCAUUCCCAUUCCCACCAUAAUAGUGAAGGCCCCCUCCACCAGCAGCAGUGGCCGCAGCAGCCAGGGCAGCAGUGUGGAGGCAGAGCCAAUUACAGACACUGACUCCAAACCCCCUCCUGGUGCUCCUGCAGGUCCUCCGACCUCUACACCCUCUUCUAUAGCUUCACCUCUGCCUCUCUCCUCUCCUCUUCCCCCUUCCUCAGUCCCCCCUUCUCUUCCUUCUCUGUGCAACCAGGAAAAUCUGGACUUUACCAGUCAAUUUGGGGCAGCUAUUGUGGGGGCAGCUCGCCGAGACAGGGAGCGAUUCCGUGAAGCAAGAAGGAAGAGUGCAUCCUUUUUUCUUUCAGCAGAAGAGGAACUUGAGGGAGGGGUAGGAGGGAGGACCCAAGGCUCACAACAGCAUGGUACUGAAAUUGAGGUCCCCGCCCCUCGUCUGCGACCCUCCAAAUCUAUAGAUGAGGGUAUGUUUUCUGGGGAUACUUUUAUUCACCACACACGCAGUAUGCCUCCUGCAUUUGGUCUACCUGAAUACUCCUCCCCAGCCCCUGGGGGUGACUAUCAGCCCAAAUCAGUACCAGGUGACUUCUAUGGGGCAGGGAAACAGCCAGCCACAACCUUCAUCCACCCGCUCACAGGAAAAGUACUUGACCCUUCGUCCCCACUGGGUCUGGCUCUAGCAGCAAGAGAAAGAGCUCUGAAAGAUGAUGGGAGAAUUCGACGGGAGAGCCACUUUGGACGCCAGCUCUCCAGUGUGGGCGUCUUCCCAUCCACUGUCUCUGUGGCCCCAGCCCCCCUCCUGCCUCACAUAUCCCCCACUUCUGCCACCUCACCCUCCCAGUCCUCCAGCUCCUCUUACCUUGUUACUUCCUCCUCCCUAGCAGCUACCACCUCGACUAUGGGCCGUCCACCUUCCCCAAGGAUAUUGCGUGGGGGAUGGGGAGAGGAUGGAGCAGAAAAAGAAAAGGAAAGUGGACCCAGAGAGGGGUUGAGAGUACGAUUUUCAGAAGACAAAACUGUCCACACGCAUCACUUUCAGUCUGAGCAGUGCCCAACAAGCUACAGAGAGAGAGAAAGAGAGAGAGAAAGGGAAGGGUAUGGCAGGAAACAGGAGCAGCAGCCUACCACACAGCUCCCCUAUCCAUCUACCCAACAGGCUCCACCUCGGCGGCCCUCUUUCUUACGGAUGGAAAGUGACGCUAAUGCCUACGUCUUGUCCCUCACACCUCCAUCCCCUCCCCCUGUAGCCCCAGACCGCACACAAGGGGGUGGAACGGGAGAGAGUGGGACCUCAGGGCUCAUGGUAUUACCCCCUCCUGCACCCUCUGUGGAUGCAGAUGAUGAUUUUGUCUUUGUUGAUCCGCUGCCUCCACCCCUUCAGUUCGCAAACAGCUUUGAUCGUGGACUGGGAGGAAUACCGGGGUACAACCAACAGGGGGGGAUAAUGCACUCCUCUCAGAAACCCCCACCACCACCACCUCCCCCUCCCCCUCCCCCACCACCUACCCAAAAAGAACCUUUCAUAGGAAAUCUCCCCCCACACACUCCACUACCUUCUCCACAGGCUGGAGACUCCACUGCUUCAAGUCUCACCUCCUAUGACAGUGAAGUGGCUAACCUCACCCAAUCUGCACUCUCCCCUUCUCCAUCAUCCCCCCACCCGUUACCGCCACCUUCACCCUCUACUCUUCAACCCACUACUUCUGAGUCAUCUGCACCUCCUUCCAUCUCUCCACCUCCCCCAUCCUCUGGAAACCUGCACAGACCAUUCCCCCUGUCCCACUCUCACCACCUAAUCAACAGCACACAUGCCCCAGGACGCUCCUCCCCCACCCCUCCCCCUCUCACUGCAGUAAAUCCCACAAUGUGCCCAACAUACCGUAGUCCUUCCCCUAGUGCUAACUCCAACUCAGACAGAGGCUCUGUUUCUGUUCCCGUGACUGUGUCUCAUGCAACCACCACCGCCACUACUGCCCUAACCACUACUACUGCCACCACCUCACUCUCAGAGCUUGCUGUUAGCACCACCACCAGUGGUGGAGGCAGAAGAGCAGACCAUCCCCCACCCCCCACCAAAAGUGGAGAGUCCCAAGAGACAGUGGUAGACUCUGGGAUUGAGGAGUUGGACAGUCGCAGCAGCAGUGACCAUCAUUUGGACAACAUCCUUGGAAUUGGGGGAGCUAGAGGAGAUAGAGUAGUAGGUGUAGAGGGGGAGAGAGCGAGUGACCUCCUGGAUUCCUACAUGACUUGUUUGGAUGGGCAAACAUUUGAAAUGCACAAUGCCAAAUCAGCGAGCUCCACCUACCCAAAACUGCAGCGCUACAGGGACAGCGGGAGUGCAGUGUCAGAACUGCGCAGACACACCAGCACUGCACCCGCCUCCUUUCGCUCCCAGAAACGGAGAGAUGAGGAGGCAGUGGAAGCUGAGGCAGAGAGGGCAGGGAGAGAUGAGGGGGAUGAAAUGGGGGAGGGACAGGAUAGUUACAGUGAAAUGCAAAAUUUGGAUCGGCCUUCAUCCAUCUACUUUGAGCGGCCCCACACCCCAGAGCUCAAGCCCCAGUGGGGUGAGGGGGGUAUGGGUGUGGUGGGUGAAGGGGUGGAGGAAGGAGGGAGCCAGGGAAGGGGGAUGUUUUUGGAAGGACGGAAGCUGCCAUCCCCUCUCUCCAGCGUGAAGGCUAGUAUCAUCAAUGAGCUGAGUUCGAAGCUGCAACAGAUGGGGAACAAAAGCAUGGAGGGUUGGGGAGGUCAGAGGUCACUGAGCAGACACAGGUUUUCAGAAGACUCCUCUACUUCUGCUCUAAGCCCUCCCACAGCCCGCUCCCCCUCCCCAUUACCUACAUCCCCCUGUCAGCCUCACCAGCCAGCCCUGUCCCCCACCCCUUCCCUUUCCUCUCAGCCUCCACUCUAUCCCAGUUGGACUCGUUCUCCUUCCCCUCAGCCUUCCAUAGCUCCCUCCCAACCACAGCAAGCUCACCCCCCACUCUCACCAUCCUACUCCCCCUACCCUACUUCACCUAAACACCGGGCUUCUUACCGCAACAAAGCCUUCGAUUUCCAGUUUAUCCCAAGCCGGGAGUCCCGCAGGUCUGAUUCCCACCACAUACAGCGGCGCCGUGCUCCCAGUCCCCUGAUAUCCCCUUCUGAAAGGCCCAAGCUUGCUCCACCUCGUCCCUCUUCCCUCCCCAUCCUACCCACAGCCCCUCUAUAUGGUAGCCCCUAUGAGCUUCGAGGUUCCAUCACCCCACCUUCCCCAGCCAACCCCCUUGGAGACCCCUAUUUCACCCAUUCCCCUCCGCUCUUUGCCCCAUCUGGAGCCCCUCCACCAAACUCCUUGGUGGGUUCUCGCUCCCUCUCCCCCACCCACUUCCUCUCAGGCACUUCCUCCCCCCCACUGCACCCCUUACCCCCUCCUGCCUGUCUUAGUUACCCCCACCUGUCAUCCCCUCCCUCCUCCAAACCUUUUGCUUCAAAGCCCCUCCCAUACUGGACCAAGUACGAUGUGGCAGACUGGCUGGGCUACCUGAAUUUGGGAGAGCAUAGGGAGAGAUUCCUGGACAAUGAGAUUGAUGGCACACAUCUCCCCUCCCUUACCAAGGAGGACUAUCUGGACUUGGGUGUGACCCGUGUGGGCCACCGCAUGAACAUCGAGCGGGCACUGAAGAGACUCUUGGACAGGCUUUCUUCUCCCUUUCCUGUCUCUGCUCUUUCUCCUCGAGAGGGACAGACUGAGAGAAGGAGGGAUGAGGGAACACGAAGCUGAGAGGAGAGAGAGAGGGAGAGAGUGAGAGGAUGAGGUGAAAAGAGAGAGAGAGAGCAAGGGAGAACACAGCUGCCUCUAGUCAUGCUGGAUUCUAAGUCUGAUGGAAACAAGACUUCAGUGAUGAUGAGAAUAUUAAUAACAAGAGAAGAAAGGAAGAAGGGAUGGGAAAAUGGAAGAGAAGCAGACACGCCCGGGCAGGUCCACUGCCAACUAAAACAGACACACAUGCGCAGACACAUAGAUGUUUAUACAGAAACAAGUACGCAAACAAAAGCACACACCCACAAACACACAUGUAUGCCCACAUAUUUACAUCACUACCAGACACAUUAUACACGUUUGUCAGUGACAAAACAAAUACCAAACAAAACAGUAAAAACUGGUUGAAACCUGGGACUUUUCUUCACCAUUUUUUAAAAGAUAAUGAGAGCAUAAGUGAGCAAAAGCAACCCGGAGAGAGUUACAUCUAAUGGCCCACAGACCAUCAUUUCUUGCACUCUCCUCUGUAUUCUGAGCCUUUUACAACUACACUAAGAGUUUCAGUAUAGUGUAACAUGCAUUUGAGCAGUGCGUAAAGAAAGGCUUCCCCUCAGUGACAUAGAUGUGUCUGUUCUGUGGGUACAGAGGCAUGUAGGAGAGAAGUUCAUGUAUUUACCUCACUAUUAGACUUGAUGGGCGCUGUUCUGUAAGUGCACUGAAUGCACAUUGUGUACUAUGCUAUACUAUAGCAUCUAUACAGACUGGGCUCUGCAAAGCCUGUAGCAAAAAAGUGCCCACACCAACAAUGAUGGUAUCACACACACACACACACACACACACACACACACACACACACGCAUGUACACACACACACACACACACACAAAUACAUGCACAUGCCUCUUUGAGUUGUAUCAACAAGGCUACACACCUUAAAACAUAAAAUAUAUUUAAGAACUUUAUUGAAAUAAGACAUUACAAUUAAAUAUUUUGAGAAACGUUAUACAGGAUACAAACAACUGCAUUUUAAAGAAAGACUUCCAAAGCAUUGGACCGAUUCCAACAUUGACAACAGCCAUCAAUGAGAAUCAUAUAUUUCUGAACUGGUUGAAGAGAGAAACAUGAAGAGGAGAUGGGGGAAGGGGAGAGAAAAACUUGGAUCUCUCCUACCCAAUUCCCCCACACAUCUCAAACAGUAUUUCAAGAAGGAUACAAGAAAUGAAUAAAUUAAUACACAAAUGGACGGAUGAGUGAAUCUACGCUUACAUCUGUUUUGAAGAUAUUGUUCAAAAUCUUUUUUAUUUUAAUGGGUCAAGAGUUCUGCUAUUAUAGAAAAUUAUUAUCAUUAAUGUUAUUAUCAUCAUCAUUACGGUUAUAUUUUUAUUGUGAGCAACAGUUCCCCUGCUGUGCCUAUGAGGGUGUUCUUAUAGAUUGUUAUAUUCCUAGUAUGAUUAUUAUUUAUGUGAGUUGUGGUUCCUCAUAUUAACCUGCUAAAUGAGUGGACACACUCUCACAGUGAUGCAGUAGAAUCAUUUUAAGUUAAUGUGAAAAAAGGAAAAGAACAACACAAAUGACUCACAGAUUAUUUACAUUUUAAAUGCUGGGGCUUUCAGGUUUGAAAUAUAUAUAUAUAUAUAUAUAUAUAUAAUUAUAAAGCUAAUCCGUCUCUUCAGUGAAAAACAAUUGAUUCAAUGCUUUUCAAAUAGUGGCAACUCUCUAACAAAAUAAUAAGCAUGUAGGGCAACCACAGAUAAACCAAAACACGUAUGUAUAAAGAGGUAGGCAACAGGGUAAAUGAGUGGAGAUUUAUAUUGUGACCUGGUUUACAUUAUAGAUGCUAACAGUGAUCUGUUGGUUUGAAUAGUGCCAGUAAAAUAUGGUUAAAGAUUUAUAUCUGUAGGUACAAUCACAAAGGGUCACUUUCUCCCUCUUUCUGUCUCUUUUUCUCUGAUUCUCAUAAACUGUUGCAGUGAUCAACUCAAAAAGGGCUCUUCUCUUUUCCUGCAUACCUGUCUUUAUAAAUCUAUAUCAUCUACUGAGCUUGUACCCUAUCUCCUGUUGAUCCUGCAAACAUAGUGGUGCAUCCCUCACACACGCACACUAAGGGUAUUGUACUUCAGUGGGCUGAGCAAGUUCUGCUCUCUCCAUCUUUGUAUGUCUCCAUCUUUUCCUAUUCAAAAAGGAGUGUGGCCCUAUGAACAUUUUAGAUACACUUGUAAACAUGCACACACACACACACACACACACACACAGAUGUACACACUCUUGUGACCUUUAUUACCCCUCUUGUGGAAUUAUUUUGGGAGAAUUAUAGCACUGAGAAAUUCUGUUAUAUUGAUGAGUAUAAUUGUGACGAUGAUGGUAACAAUAUUAGUGAUGAUCAUAAUAACUGUUCAAGAUGUACAAUUUUUGAAGUUCUACAGAAUCUCUGUCUUCCAAAUAAGGUUUAAGAUGAAGAUAAGGUACAUUUUGUUCAUUUAUUUAUUGAAGUGCUUUCUACACAACUUGUUCUAUUCCCUCUGUUGUUUCUCACUGUGUAUUACAAUAUAUGGCCCCACAGUGAGCAAAGAGUUUUGGCUCUGAUGUUCUGUACAGCCACUGUACAGCUUUACUUUAAGGAAAAAUGACCUUGAUAAUGAGCUAUAUUUUGUUACAUAUAUAUUUUGUUUCAGCCAUUGAGAGAGAUUAUACUGAAGAUUCAUUCUGUUAUCCAAAGAAAUCUGUAAGGCCACCAACAAGUUGUAGUAAUUUAGAUCUGAGCUCAAGGCAUUGCCCUAAAAUCCUUACCAUCCCUUAUGUUUUCUCAGACAUAUUAUACAGGGCCUUUCAAAUAAAUAUUUUCUCACAUAAACAGAUGUGUGCCUAUGUCAAAUGGAGGGUUGUUGAUACUGUACAAUUACAAAGGAGUAAAACCAUGAUGAAGGGAUUGAUCAGGGGGUAUAGAAAGCAUUAUUUUAUUUCCUUUAAAAGAAUAUUUUAAAGUUGUAAAAAAGAGAAAUAAUGAUAUGAACAGAUUAAAGGUUAUUUACAACUAUAUAUAUAUAUAUAUGUAUGUAUGCAUGUGUAUAUAUAUAUAUAUAUAUAUAUAUAUGCACAUAUACACAUAUAUACAUAAACAUACAGUAUAUAUGAAUUUAAAAUGUUUUAAGAGAUGAAAAUAUUAAUUAUUAGAAUUAUAAUAAAGAUGCUGAAAUAAAACAAG